CCGGGCUACACCGAACAGCCAGGAAUCAAUUCAGAAUUGCCCAAUUUUAUUGCAUCACCUUUGCGACUUAAAUCGAUCUUGUUCGAUUCCUCUCUGUCCGGUGACGGUGACACGGUCACUCGUGCCGGACUACGCACAUUCCGUUCGUUCAACUUAUCCACCGACUGUCCUGGCUCCUUGGCAUUGGGCAUUUUAUAUUCUGAUCCAUGUCAGCCUAUGCGGCUUAAGCGUUUGGGUCAGUUCCUGUGCAAGGUGGACGCGACUGUCCAUGCGUUCCUUCCCUCGAUCUCAGUUGACUCCUCGCCCACUGUGGCUCCGUUUAAUCAGCGUCAUCGCGUUGCAAUCGCCCUGGCCGUGUUGCACAGUGCCGAGUCGAUUCGAAAUUUCUGGUGUCAACGUCGUCGUGUAUCAUUUGGCACCUGUUGGUCGUAUAGCCCUAAUUCAGAUGAACCGCGACUGCUGCAACGCACUGCCGCAUUCCCCACCUCGGACUCCAAUAGUUGGACGAGCUGGUCGUCGUCAUCAUCUCAUUGUAAUCGGCCUAUUGAUCCGACUUCAUCAUUCGCACCUCGCCCCCAGUGUCGUUCGCCUAUCUCCGAGGGCCCGGAUUGGCUGGUGCAUACCAGUGCUAUCGCGCGCUUCAUUCAGUUGGCCGAUCCUAGUGGAGCACCAACUUUUUGGCACUCCAUGGAUCAUGGUCCAAAUUAUGAGGGUAGUAGUAGCAAAAGCAGUACUGGUGAUGGUGGCGGUGGCACUAGUCCUACUGCUGGUGGUUCANUGCUUUGA